UUAAAGUCGUCUCAGACUGGCUAUACUGGCUCUUAUAUAAUCAGUAUUUAGAAUAAUGAAAUAUUUAGAGCCGAGACAGCAGCGGGUUGAUAUUUCUGAUGAGGCGCGCUAUCGGACGCUCGAGAUAGUCAGCUGAUACUGAGCUGUUAUAUGUGUUUUCUUCUGCGUGUCGCUUUUUAAUAAUCUGAUAUUAAUUAAUAAAGAUGUCUGGACCAAACGGAGAUCCUGAUGUUUCAGCUGAUGAUGGAAUCGUCGAGGAUGAAGAGGAAUUCAGUGAAGAAGAAUACACAGCCAUCGACUGCAUGCUGGACCAGAUCAACUCCUGUCUGGACCACAUCGAGGAGAGAAACCAGGCUCUGAACGGAAAACUGCACGAGCUGCUGGAGUCCAACAGAGAGGCUCGGAGAGAGUUCAGAGAGCAGCAUCCUCCUGAUGAAGAGCCAGAGUCCGCUGAAGACUAGAGGAGCGUGUGUGGAAACUGUCUAAACUGUGCUUAGCCUCGCAUGGCUUAUCACUUUCAUAUGUGUUAUUAUAGUCAGCUAUGAAUAUAAAAGCUUUAGGGAUGCAACGCUACAGUUCAGUUCGUGCCUCGGUGUUCUGAUAGCUUGUCACAUCUGUGUUUCUCGCAACAAAUCAAUAACAAAAAACUGUGCACACUGGAAAAAGCGUGGAUUAUUAUAUGCCUGCUUAAAGGGAUAGUUCACCCAAAAAUGAAAUGUGAUGUUUAUCUGCUUACCCGCAG